CUCCCCCUCGUCUUCUUCACGCUGCUUCGUCUUCGUCACGCUGCCUCCCCCUCGUCUUCGUCACGCUGCUUCGUCUUCGUCACAAGGAUUGUUGGGCGUUUAGUUUCCUGAGCCGCCAACAUGCCGGCCGCACUGACGGAUUCCAGUCAGAUAAUCUGUGAAGUCUGGGCGAGCAACGUGGAGGAGGAGAUGAGGAAGAUCCGACAAAUCAUUCAAAGCUACAACUUCAUCGCCAUGGACACGGAGUUCCCCGGCGUGGUGGUCCGGCCCAUCGGAGAGUUCCGCAGCACCGUGGACUACCAGUACCAGCUGCUGCGCUGCAACGUGGACCUGCUGAAGAUCAUCCAGCUGGGCCUCACCUUCAUGAAUGAGGACGGGGACUAUCCUCUGGGCACCACCACCUGGCAGUUCAACUUCAAGUUCAACCUCACAGAAGACAUGUACUCGCAGGACUCCAUCGACCUGCUGCAGAACUCCGGCCUCCAGUUUAAGAAACAUGAAGAAGAGGGAAUAGAGACGCUCUACUUCGCGGAGCUGCUCAUGACGUCCGGCCUGGUGCUCUGUGAGAACACCAAGUGGCUCUCCUUCCACAGCGGCUAUGACUUCGGCUACCUGGUGAAGCUCCUGACCGACACGCGGCUCCCGGAGGAGGAACACGACUUCUUCCAGAUCCUCAACCUGUUCUUCCCCGCCAUCUACGACGUCAAGUACCUGAUGAAGAGCUGCAAGAACCUGAAGGGAGGCCUCCAGGAGGUAGCGGACCAGCUGGAGCUGAAGCGGAUCGGGCGUCAGCACCAGGCCGGAUCGGACUCGCUCCUCACCGGCAUGGCGUUCUUCAGGAUGAAAGAGCUUUUCUUCGAAGACAACAUCGACGACGCUAAGUACUGCGGCCGUCUGUACGGCCUGGGCUCGGGCUCCACGCAGCCCCAGAACGGGCUGUCCGGCUCGGGCCAGGAGGAGACGAACAACAAGCACUGAGGCUCCUCCUCCUCAAGUGGGACGCACUUGUUUUAAAACCCAACCAGCAGAUUCCCGUUGAUCUCCCUCAACACUCGACCGCCGAACGGGAAUAAACAUUCCUCUCCGCGCUCCUCCUGGGGGACUCGCUGACAUCGGACCCUU